AUGGGGAAUGGAAAUGAUGAUAAGCAAGCUGUUAUUUUUACAAGGACUUCAUUCAACAAACCAGAAAAUUGCUUUAAUUAUUCUUUAUGUUAUUUUGAAGUAAAAUGUAUAUUUGAGGGAGAAUUGAAUAAAAAUGCAAAAUGGAUGGUUAUUGGUCUUUGUAGUCUUUGUAGUGGUAAUCGAAAUUGGAUUAGGUAUUUUGCAAAGGAUCCUACAAUUUCUAAUGAGAAAUGUGAAUCAUUUAAAAUUGACAAAAUCUCAUGGAAUAAUAACGAUAUUUUUGGUUGUGGAUUAGUUUAUCCACCAACUAAUAAAAUGAACGAAUUUCCUUAUGUUUUCUUCACACAAAAUGGAAAACAAAUUGGUAAAUGUGUAAGGGGCAAUGCUACUUCAUAUAAACCAUAUAUUUGCCUAAAAUGUUGUUCUAUCGAAGCAAAUUUUGGAAAUGAUUUAGACACUAAACCAUUUAGAUAUGACAUUUAUAAGCAUUCAGUUCUUAAAGAAUUUUAUUGA